AUGACAGGAGACAGUUCACAACAAGGUCUUGGGGCAUCUGGCAAAGACUCAGGGUUUACAGCCGCGGAGGGAUCCUCCGUGCCAGCUAAGAGGAAGAGGCCGGUGACUCCAGAGAAGCCAGCAAAGAAACAGAAGGGUGGCGAAAGCUCCAGAAUUGGAAAAAUGAGGUACGCGAGUGUACGGAACUUUAAAGGCAAAGUUCUGAUUGACAUCCGUGAGUACUGGAUGGACCAGGACGGAGAGAUGAAGCCAGGGAGGAAAGGUAAAAGAAAGCAUCUCCCUGAACCCGGAGCAGUGGAGCCAGCUGAAGGAUCAGAUCUCUGAGAUUGACGAUGCUGUGAAGAGGACAUAAGAUAUCCAACAUAA